UGUGGCGUGGGACUCGAGUUUGACGGGUAAUUGACACAGGGAAGCCAGAGGCGGGUGGAGGCCGUUUCUGAGUCAGCAUCGAGAAGCUGGGUCUGCAGGGCCUGCCCUGGAGCAGGUACACGGAGCCCCGAUGUUUCAGGGGAUCAGAGAGGCCUGCGAAAACCAUUCCGAGUGUCUGAGCAACUGCUGCGUCACCAACAGCCCGAACCCGCAGAAGUUCUGCACCCCCCAGACCACCCUCCUCCAGUGCCUGUCAUGGCAAAAGCCGAACAGGCACACCUGCUCAGAACACUCUGAAUGCCGGAGCAACUGCUGUGUUCGGAACAGCUACAGCUCCCAGCGGUUCUGCACCCCCAAGACCAUCUUCCUGCAGUGCAUGGACUGGCACAAGCCCAAUGGAGAUUAUUGCAACAGCCACGGGGACUGCAGGAGCCAGUGCUGCCUCCAGCUGACCGAGGUCAGCCCCUACCGCUGCAUCCCCCGGAGUGGGCUCCUGGCCCAGUGCCUGCCCCUG